AGUUUUUUGCCUCAUCAAAAUUCGUCUGUUUAAAUUUCUCUCUUCGACUCCUGAUUUAUAAUCGAACGCGUGGCGGUAAUUUCUCUGUCCUAGUUUUCAUUUAGGGUUUUGCGAGUGAAAUCGUUACGUUUUUUAGAUCAAAAUUUGUUAUUGAUUCUAGGGUUAACUGCAAAUUUGUUCAACCUUAGAUUGCUUAGGGUUAAUUACGUAUUUGUUUACAAUCCUAUAGUUAACUCCAAACCUUUUAAUCUGAUUUAGAAGAGGUUAAUAUAGGCGUAUUCGAGGUGAGGGUAAUUGGUUUUAGCCGAUUGGGCAUCGAAAUCUGAAUAAUGGCAUUGAAGUUUCUGAACAAGAAAGGAUGGCACACGGGAAGCUUGAGGAAUAUAGAAAACGUGUGGAAGGCGGAACAGAAGCAUGAGGCUGAGCAGAAGAAAUUGGAAGAGCUCCGCAAGCAGAUCCAUGAGGAGAGGGAGCGCUCUGAGUUUCGUCUUCUCCAGGAGCAGGCCGGCCUUGUUCCGAAGCAGGAAAGAUUGGACUUCUUGUACGAUUCUGGACUUGCCGUUGGGAAGGGCUCCAGUAGCUCUGCUGGAGGCAGCGGAGGUGGAGGUGGAGGUGGAGGUUUCAAAGCUCUUGAAGAAGCCCUUCCAACGGCCAAGGCUGCUGAUGCUUCUGCCAAGCCGUCUUCUUCUGCCCCAGGAGCCCUGUUUGAGGACAAACCCCACUCGGCAAAUGAUGCCUGGCGCAAGCUCCAUUCUGAUCCUUUACUUAUGAUUCGCCAGCGUGAGCAAGAAGCCCUCGCCCGCAUUAAGAACAACCCUGUCCAGAUGGCCCUCAUUCGCAAAUCUGUUGGAGAAAAGAAACACAAGGAGAAGUCCCAUGAUCGCAAGGAAAACCAUAAGAAGCACCACCAGACUAGUUCCAAGCAUCGGAAACAUUCUUCAUCCAAGCAGCAUUUAUAUGCUGAAGAUGACACUUAUAAGGAGGACAAAAAGAUUAGAAGUCACCAUCGUAAGAGCUCUGAUUAUGAGGGCCACUAUCACAGAACAGAGUCACACUCAGAAGAUGAAUUAAAGGAAGCAGAAAGUCGAGAGAAGAAUCGCCACAAGCAGAAAUACAGAUAUGAUGAUCAAGAUGCUGUCAAGAGGAACCAUGACAAGUCUAAGCAUGACAAAUCUUCUUCUCAAGCUCCAAAAUGUUUUGAUGCAGAUAAAUAUCAAGGAAAAAAUAGGUCUUAUGACUAUAAAGCUACUGCACCUCGGGAUGAUAAACGUCGAAAUGUUGCUCCUAAACUUUCUGAAGAGGAUCGAGCUGCCAGGCUUCGUGAAAUGCAAGAGGAUGCUGAGUUGCAUGAAGAGCAAAGAUGGAAGCGGUUGAAAAAGGCAGAUGAGAAAGAUGCGCGGGAGGAUACGAUGGCCAGCAAAUCUGUUGGAAGAAACUUCUUGGAUGCUGCUCAUAGAAGUGUCUACGGUGCUGAGAAGGGAGGAAGCUCAACAAUAGAAGAGAGUGUUCGUCGCAGAACACAUUAUUCACAAGGCAGGUCUGGAUCAGAAGGAAAUGCUUUUAGACGCUAAUGCUCAUAAUCAUUCCGUCUCUUUGCAUUGCCAAUUCUCAUAAUCCAGGAUUGCCUUCAUAACAGCCGUCAGAUAUUGUGUCGACUUGGACAGAGGAUGAGAAUUCAGGUUCAUGGACUUGGAGAUGAAGAGGGUAACGGCUAGGGUGGCCUUGAGCAGUUGAGAAUUGGAGCCUGGGGUUUAUGUGACCUUGGCCUGGGUAUGGAAUCACCAACACAUGCCCUCUGUAAGCCUUCUUCUCCGUCGCUAUCUUGACUUUCUUUCUCUGUUUGCCUCCCCUUGGGUGGUUUUAAACUUUUGGACACGAAAAUGAAGCUCAAGAGGGUCGUUGUCGGGUGUUGCUAAUGUUGUAGACCACAGACCUUUUCCCUUUUUGAUUUUCCUCUUAUUACUUGUAACCAUUACCAACCAAGGAAGAGAAAGAUUUUCUUUCCAAUUUUUAUCUUGAUAACAACGUGAAUCUCAAAUGCUGUAUACUUUGUGAUAGCUUCCCAUCACGCUGCACGUGCAGAAGUAGUACAUGUAU